UCUCUCUCUCUCUCUCCCUCUCUCCAGCUGGAAGGAUGGUUUGGCCUUUAAUGCUCUGAUCCACAGACACAGACCUGAACUGAUCAACUACGACAAACUGCGCAAGGAUGAUCCUGUUACCAAUCUGAACAAUGCCUUUGAAGUGGCUGAGAAAUACCUGGACAUUCCCAAGAUGCUGGAUGCAGAAGAUAUCGUUGGUACUCUCAGGCCGGAUGAGAAGGCUAUAAUGACGUACGUCUCCUGCUUCUAUCACGCCUUCUCUGGUGCUCAGAAGGCCGAGACUGCAGCCAAUCGCAUCUGCAAAGUUCUUGCUGUCAAUCAGGAGAACGAGCACCUGAUGGAGGACUACGAGAAACUCGCCAGUGAUUUGUUGGAGUGGAUCAGGAGGACGAUCCCAUGGUUGGAGAACCGAGCUCCAGAGAAGACGAUGGUGGAGAUGCAGCAGAAGCUGGAGGACUUCAGAGAUUAUCGCCGAGUUCAUAAACCUCCUAAAGUGCAGGAGAAAUGCCAGCUGGAGAUCAACUUCAACACGCUGCAGACCAAACUGAGGCUCAGCAACCGGCCGGCCUUCAUGCCCUCCGAGGGGAAGAUGGUGUCUGACAUUAACGGGGCUUGGCAUAAUCUGGAGGGGGCGGAGAAAGGCUAUGAGGAGUGGCUACUGAACGAAAUCCGCCGACUGGAGAGACUCGACCACCUCGCUGAGAAAUUCCGCCAGAAAGCAGCUAUACACGAGAGCUGGACUGAUGGUAAGGAGGCCAUGUUGAAUCAGAAGGACUAUGAGACAGCUUCUCUGUCUGAGAUUAAAGCUCUGCUGAAGAAACACGAGGCGUUUGAGAGUGACCUCGCUGCUCACCAGGACCGUGUGGAGCAGAUCGCCGCCAUCGCCCAGGAGCUCAACGAGUUGGACUACUACGACUCUCCGAGUGUGAACGCUCGCUGUCAGAAGAUCUGUGAGCAGUGGGACGUGCUGGGAGCGCUAACACAGAACCGCAGAGUGUCACUUGAGAGGACAGAGAAGCAGCUGGAGUCGAUUGAUGAGCUGUAUCUGGAGUACGCGAAGCGAGCAGCUCCAUUUAAUAACUGGAUGGAGGGAGCGAUGGAGGACCUGCAGGACAUGUUCAUAGUGCACAACAUCGAGGAGAUACAGGGUCUGAUCACGGCCCAUGAGCAGUUUAAGGCGACUCUCCCGGAGGCGAAUAAGGAGCGGGAGGCGAUUCAGGCCAUUCAGGCAGAGGUGCAGAAGAUUGCACAGUAUAACGGCAUCAAGCUGAGCGGCACCAACCCCUACACCAGCAUCACACCCAGCAGCAUCGACAGCAAGUGGGACAAGGUGCAGCAGCUGGUUCCUCAGCGUGAUGGAGCUCUGCAGGAGGAGCUCGGCCGUCAGCAGUCUAACGAUCAUCUGAGACGCCAGUUUGCCAACCAGGCCAACGUGGUGGGACCCUGGAUCCAGAACAAGAUGGAGGAGAUCGGGCGGAUAUCGAUCGAGAUGAACGGCACUCUGGAGGAUCAGCUGACUCACCUGCGUCAGUACGAGCAGAGCAUCAUCGAGUACAAACCCAACAUCGAACAGCUGGAGGGGAAUCAUCAGCUCAUCCAGGAGGCGCUCAUCUUCGACAACAAGUACACCGCUUACACCAUGGAGCACCUGCGUGUGGGAUGGGAGCAGCUCCUCACCACCAUCGCUCGCACCAUCAACGAGAUUGAGAACCAGAUUCUGACCCGUGACGCUAAAGGCAUCAGUCAGGAGCAGCUCCACGAGUACAGAGCCUCCUUCAACCACUUCGACAAGGACCACAGCGGCGCUUUAAUGGCCGAGGAGUUCAAGGCGUGUUUGAUCAGUCUCGGUUACGACGUGGAGAACGACAAACAGGGCGAUGCUGAGUUUGCCCGCAUCAUGUCCAUUGUGGACCCCAACAACACCGGGGCCGUGACCUUCCAGGCCUUCAUCGACUUCAUGUCCCGGGAAACGACAGACACGGACACAGCGGACCAGGUCAUCGCUUCCUUCAAGAUCCUCGCUGGAGACAAGAACUACAUCACGGCGGAGGAGCUGAGGCGCGAGCUGCCCCCCGAUCAGGCGGAGUACUGUAUCUCCCGCAUGGCGCCCUACAGAGGGAGCGACGCUGUGCCUGGCGCUCUCGACUACAUGUCCUUCUCCACCGCUCUCUACGGAGAGAGCGACCUCUAAAAGGGCCCUAGAUCUGGCACACUCCUCCAUCUCCACCUCUCCGCUCCUCCAUCUCCACUUCCUGUCCUCCAUCUCUCCUUGGGGCGGAGUUUUACAGGACUUAAAGCACAUCUGAGGGGCGGGGCCAGGGUCUUCUCUAUGUGUGUGUGUGUGUGUGUGUGUGUGUGUCUUUGAGUGUGGAGAGAAACAGGAAGUAACAGAUGUUAUGUAGAGAGAGAGAGAGAGAGAGAGAGAGAGAGAGAGAGACGGCUCGUUCCUAAUUCUUACAAGCUCACUUUCUUACAAGUUUUGCUCACUUCUUAUUAGUCCUCUUUCAGAUGAAUGGAUAAAAUUAUUUCCUUUAUAAUUUAGUAUUAAUUAGUUUUGAGAUUUCUCACCAGCAGGAGUGAGAGCGUGUGUGUGUGGAGUAAAUCGGGUCAGUAAUUAAUUAAUUAACGAAUUAAUUAAUUAAUAAGAAUUUGAAAUAGUUGAUUAGUGUGAACGUUGGUGCUGUAGUGAAUUCCGGGUUUCAGCCUCGUUCCAAAUACACACGUACACAGCGAGUGCACGCUAUUCCGAAUUUACAUGCUGAUGUUUUUCGUUUGUUAUGGUCCAGGUGGGUGGGCGGGGCUUAGAGAGGCAGUAGACCAAUAGGAGAAAAGAAUGUUUUGGGUGGAUUAAGAGAGGAAAUAAUGGAUAAGAGUGAAUGAGGGAUGUGAGGUGUGUGAGAGAGAGAGAGAGAGAGAGAGAGAGAGCUCCACUCUGUUUUCUAUUAUCUGUGUUGAUUUGCUCGCUGCAGUCUGAGUUGUGGGUUUUUCUGUGCUGUACAUACUCAUUGUGUUUCCACACACACACAUAUACACACACACACACACACUCGCAUAUACACACACACACACACACACACACACACUCGCAUAUAUACACACACACACACUGUAAUAAACCAUGACGCAGCAGCUUUACAGAUAUUACAUCAUGAAAUAAAAUAAACAUUGCGCUUGGCCAGGCAUGUGCCGAUCCAUGGGAAUCUUUCAUCUCAUGAUAUUUGUACGUUUUUAUCACGGUUUCUGACGAUAUCGCGAGUUUGUAUUUAAAGAAAAAGAUGAUUAUAUUCUUAAAAAAAUCAUUCCUCGUUCAGCAGGUUUUUCCACUGGCGUGGCGUUCUGAAUCCUGAGCUUGUUCAUGAUUGACUGAGGAACAUGUGCUUUAAAUGUGUCAAAAUAAGGGACAGACUUUAUCCCCUAAACAUGCUCCCUACUUAGGCACACUACUCACUCUCCCUUAUUCAGGAGUAGGCUGCCUAGGUAGUGAACAAAUGUUUUCAAAUUGCAAAAUGAGGAGAAUCUUGUAAAUAUGGUGAUUAUAUCUCACAGCUGAUGAUCGGCACAUGCCUAUGCUGUUAUACUGUAGGUGCGGCAUUGGGGGCGGAGCUACGUGUGAUAAAUUAAUGCUAAAGCACAAGGCCCAUGUAGUGCGCACUUCUCCUCUAGUCCACUCCUCCGGGACUCAAGCGUGGUCUGGACGUCCCUCCGUCUGAGAUGAAGAUUUCCUGGAAGAUUGUGUGAGGUUGUGAUGGGAGGGGGGGCGGGGUUUUGGGGGAGGGGGCGGAGUCUUAAUGAACAUUCCAUAAUGUCUUAAUGAUAAAAUUAAAUUGCUGUCUAACGAUCUAUGCAAAUUAUCAUAAUUAUUAUCUACAGUGACGGGAUGACUAUAACUGUACUGGUGAAAUAAACGGUGAAUAAACGCAAGUGACGGAGGAA